AUGCUGCGCUCGAGUCUGCGCACCUCCCGCCUCUGUACGCGCUAUGCGCCUCCACGUGCUCUGUCUCCUCCUCACAUGGCGCUGCCCACCAGCAGCGACUUCUCCAGUCUCGCGUCGCCAUUCUUUCAGUCCCGACUGUCCCCGUGCCCUAUGCUACUGACCGAACCUCGAGCUCGCCGGUUCUCUGGACUGCCCACAAAGCCGCCUGUACAAUCUUCCAGUGUGCAAUCGACCCCUGCCGAAGCGGCUGCGCUCAAGAAGAAAAUCGCGGCCACCAGACGUCGACGCAGUAAGAUCCGCGUACAGGAGGAGAUGCUCGAGUCGGCGCUGCAGAAAGGAGGCGAGCGCCGCAUGAUUCGCGUGCAGGACGUCGAGAAAGAGCUGCCCAAGGUGCCGGAGCGCGCGGUGACGCUGCUUAAACGCACGCCACAGCUCGCACUGCAGGGAGUUAAAGCUGCUGCACACGCGCUGCGGGUACUGAUGACGGACCCAUCGGCCGUCAAGGAGUGGGUAAUAAAGUUGAAGGGGAAAGUAAAGCACGAGCUGGACCAUUACUGGCUGGGCACAAAACUGCUGUACGCAGACGUGUCGACGUCGACGCGUAUCUUGCGUCGUCUGCUUAAGGGCAAUGCGCUCUCGCGUCGUGAACGCAAGCAGUUGCAUCGUACGGUCGUGGAUUUGCUUCGCCUUGUGCCGUUUGCGUUCUUUGUGAUUGUGCCGUUCAUGGAACUGCUGCUACCGGUAGCACUCAAGAUGUUUCCCAACAUGCUGCCGAGCACGUACAAGGACUCUUUUCAGCGGGAAGAUGACAUGAAGCGCCAGCUGCAGCUCCGUGUGGCGCUGGCUGGGUUCUUGCAAGAUACAGUAAAGGAGAUCAUGCAGGACACACGUGACACGGAAGGCGUGUCUGAGGAGCGCAAGGCUACUGCUAGCGAGGUUAUGAGUUUUGUGGAGCGCGCGCAGCGUGGAGAACCGCUGUCAUCAGAAGAAACGCUCCAGGUCGCGAAGCUGUUUAAUGACGAAUUGAUGCUGGAUAACAUCUCACGACCGCAGCUUGUAGGUAUGUGUCGGUUUAUGGGUGUACAGCCUUACGGCAACGACAACCUACUGCGCUUCCAGCUGCGUAACCGUAUUCGUCAGCUGAAGAAGGACGAUCAGGACAUUAUUUGGGAAGGCCUCGACUCGCUAAACAAAGAGGAGCUUCAGAUGGCUUGCAUGGAGCGUGGUAUGCGUGCCACAGGACUGACUAGGGCUGGUUACGUUCGCCAAAUGCGCCAAUGGCUCGACCUGUCCAUUAACAAGAACGUGCCGGCAUCGCUACUCAUCAUGUCGCGGGCCCUGAAUAUCACUGCUACGGACAAUUUGGAGGAGGCGUUGGCUACGUCAAUGUCGUCGAUGGACGAAGAAGUGGUUACUGAGGUAGCUCUGGCAGCGAAGGCGUCAACGGAAGGAGAAACUGCUGAAAUGCGAAAGCUGAAGCUCGACAGUAUCCGGUAUCAGAAUGAAAUGAUCGCAGACGAAGAAAAGUUUCGCGAUGAGGCCCAGAAGAAGGAGACCAAAGCGAAGCAGGCUGAAGACGAGGCAGCUGCGACCCAUGCUGCUGCUGCCGGUACGCAGACUGUGGUGGAGGAGGCAAUUACUGAUAUGAUCAUGGAGAAGGCUCAAGCUCAAUUGAGUGUGGCUGCUUCGUCAGCGUGGAGCGCUGUCUCUGGGGAGAAACAUGAAGACGCUCCAGUCGUGCCCAAAAGCAUUGAGAAUAUUGUAAGUUUGGAGGAGCUUGGCGCUCUCGAGUCGCUCGCGUUCAAGUCGCUGGUUGAGAAGGAGCGUCAGACGGUAGGUCAGCUAAAGCAGAACAAGUACGAUAUGGAUGUUGAGGGUCUGCUGGCGGCUGGCCGCAUUGGUGCACAGUCUACGGAGAACAAGACCGCUGGUCGCAUGAUGAAGAAGCUUGAGAGUAUGCUGUCUAACCUGGAGGUUGAAAUUGAGGAAGUCGAUCGUCACGUUGGCGACCGCUUGAAUAUUCUUGAUCGCGAUAGCGAUGGCGUAUUAUCAGCCGAGGAACUGCGUGAUGCUGUUAUGACCAUUCUACGUAAGGCCAACACCCAGGAGGAUGUGGAGUGGGUCAUUUCACAUAUCGACGAAGACAACGACGGCAAAAUUGCAUUGGAAGAGCUUGUUGCCUGGGUCGCGAAGUGCCGCGAAAGCCUAGAAGCUACGGGUAGCAUUUCUUUGCAGCCUACGGAUACGAGUGGCGAAGCUGCCGCAGCAGCAGAGGCUGAAAGGGUAAAGAUGGACAAGGCAGAGAAGACGAAGAUCAAGCGAGCAAACAGUCGUAAGAAGAAGGAAAAAGACGGCAACCCUGUUUAA